AUGAUGGAAGAACAAUGGCAGGCCAAUAAGGUAAUUGGUAUUAUUGGGCUGGGUGAUAUGGGUCUGCUAUAUGCAACCAAGUUUUCCAGUGCUGGUUGGAAAGUGGUUGCUUGUGAUAGAGAAGAGUUAUUUGAUUCGCUUUCGGAAAGGAAAAGACAAAAUGCCUGGAAAUUUGAUAUUGUGAAAAAUGGUCAUUAUGUUUCAAGAAUCAGUGAUUAUAUUAUUUACAGUGUCGAAGCCGAGAACAUUGAUAAAUUGGUGAAAUUGUAUGGGCCAUCGACUAAAGUUGGUGCCAUUGUAGGUGGUCAAACAAGUUGUAAGACUCCUGAAAUCAAAGCUUUCGAGAAAUACCUACCUGAAGAUGUUGAAAUUAUAACUUUGCACUCCUUACAUGGGCCAAAAGUGAAUACAGAGGGUCAGCCACUGGUCUUGAUUAAUCACAGGAGCAAGACAGACGAAUCUAUGAAGUUUAUCGAGUCUCUGGUGUCUUGUCUCAAAAGUAAACAGGUCUAUUUGACCUAUGAAGAACACGAUAGAAUUACAGCUGAUACUCAAGCAGUGACACAUGCUGCCUUCUUAAGUAUGGGUAGGGCAUGGGCAAAACUAAAAGUUUAUCCAUGGACAUUGGGUGUUAACAAAUGGUAUGGUGGCUUGGAGAAUGUCAAAGUUAAUAUUUCCUUGAGAAUCUAUUCAAAUAAGUGGCAUGUUUAUGCUGGUUUAGCACUUACAAACCCAAUGGCCCACAAACAAAUUCUGCAAUACGCAACAAGUGCUACAGAACUGUUUACAUUAUUUUUAGAUAAGAAAAAGGAUGAACUUACAGAGAGAUUAAACAAAGCAAAAGAAUUUGUGUUUGGAAAUCAUACUGGUUUAUUACUUCUUGACGAUACGAUCUUUGAGAAAUAUUCAUUAUCCAAAGAUUCUGCAUCUUCUGAUAGCAAAGAAAGUACUUCUUUGCCAAAUUCACAUCUGUCAUUGCUGGCUAUUGUUGACUCGUGGCAUCAGCUGGGAAUCAAUCCAUAUGAUCAUAUGAUCUGUUCCACACCACUAUUUAGAAUAUUUCUUGGUGUUUCCGAAUUCCUAUUCCUAUCACCAGACCUAUUAGAAAAAACCAUUGAUGCUGCCAUUGAUGACCACUCAUUUAGAAGGGAUGACCUUGAGUUUGUAGUAGCCGCUAGAGAAUGGAGUUCAAUUGUAACAUUCGGAAAUUUUGACUUAUAUAAAAGACAAUUUGAAGAUGUUCAAAAAUUCUUUGAACCGAUGCUUCCUGAAGCUAACCAAAUAGGUAACGAAAUGAUCAAAACAAUCUUAAUGCACUCUCAGGACUCUAAAGAGGCUUGA